UACGAGUAGUGUUGAAAAACUGGAGCCGGAUUUCACCCGCCGGCCGUCGUGACAGAAAUUCAGUAAAACCCUCUCAGUUCUCUCUCUCUCUCAUUCUCAACCCACCCUCUCUCUCUCUCUCUCUCGAUUCAUUAAACUGUUGAAAGUCAGGUGGAGUUUUCCUCUCAAUUUUGUCAAAAGUUUAUUUAGGUUAGCAGGAAGGAAUGGAGGAAGAUGGGUCGAAUUCAAUUCGAAGGAUGUCUACUCGGUCCCGCAAGAUUGCUCCCAAAAUGGCGGCUGCACUUGCCAGCUCCGAUAAUCGAACUCAGGCGAUACUAGCUCGGCUGGAUGCUUUGGAAAAUGACAAUGCUGCAACGGAGGCAGUACAGCAAAUUGAUGAUGAUGAUGAAGUUUCUCUUGAUGACGAUGAUGACCAAGUUUAUCAAAAGAAACAGUCUAAGAGUACGAAACGUAAAACUCGUCAGGCUAAAGCGUUAGAGAAUGCUAAAAAGGCCUCGAGAACGUUUCUUGAGCUCUUGCACGAGGCAAACCUGGAAUCCUUGCCGCCUCACGUGCCCUCGUAUUUGAGAGCUGCAGUUGGACCUCCAAGUUCCUCUUCAAGCCGUCAUUUUUGCACUGUCUGUGGAUUCACAGCGAAUUAUACAUGUGUACAAUGUGGGAUGCGAUUUUGUUCUAUUCGAUGCCAAACUAUUCACAAUGAUACUCGUUGCUUGAAAUUUGUCCAAUGAUUGGUGAGUUCCCCAGUCAAUUUAGUUUGACACUGUUUUAUUACAACUGUUUCUGUUAUUUAUUGCUGUGCCGUUCGAUUUAUUGUCGAGGUCAAUGUUUCAAGAACAACUUUUGUGGAAAACGGCUUAGUGGUGAUUUGGUUCAUCUACUCAGUUGUAUAUCUUGACUAUCUCAUAGAUGCUCAAGGUUGCACGAGAGCUGAUUCUAGGAUAAGCCUUAACCAAAUAUUUAAUUAAGUGCAUCGAGUUUGGAUUAUUUGAUCUUACUGCUUUACAGCACCAUAACUCACCUCGCUAUUUGGUGGAGAAAAAGAAAAAAGAGACUUAAAAUCCUUGAGGCGUUGCUGCAUGAAGAUGAAGUGCAAGGUGUGCAAUGAAGAGAGCAGAAUCCAUUGUGCAAGUGAUGAACUUGUUACUUGUACUCUAUUUAGCAACGUAUCCUGUACAUUGGGGAAGAGAACUGAUGAUUGUAUCGUUUUGUGGUAGUUAUUUUAUUUUUGGCAGGAAGAGGGAAUUUUAAGCUUUAUCUUCAUCAAAUUCGCUUUGUAUUUGGACUUCUUUUCUCAAUGGGCUAAUGUUAUUGGCUGUCCUUUUUUUUUU